CUUACACAUGGAAACAAACUCUAACUUGUAUGCACGGUUUCUGUCUACAAAUCAUUCGAUGUUAUUCCAGUGUUUACACUGACUGAAGUUGUGUUGGCAGAACACUGAAACAAGUGCUUAUCUGCUCUGUUUUUUUUUGUUUUUUUGCGAUGAAGCUCCUCUAAAAGUAGCAAUCACUGAAAAUCAACUGGUCGUUUGCAGGUUCCAUUGCCAUUUUCUUGAAGCACGGACUCACAAUGCCUCGUGAACAAAAUUGUCAUGCUUCUUCAGGUUGGCUGCCACAGAUAGAUAUGCCAUCAGGAGCUAGAGUUCUGUCAAACUGACAAACAUCAGCAGAAGAACAAAUUGCAGCUUUGCAUCGUGAGUUCUACUGCAUGACGAUGCGGAUGAACAUCGACUGCAGCGGGUGUUACCAGAAGAUCCGGAGAGCUCUUCUCGAGAUGCAUGAUAUCGAGAGCCACCUGAUCGAGCGGAAGCAGCAGAAGGUGAGCGUCUCCGGCGCUUUCGUGCCGCAGGACGUGGCGAUCAAGCUCCGCAGGAGGACCAACCGCCGCGUCGAGAUACUCGAGCUCAAGGAGGUCGACGCUGCCCCCUCGGGCCCCUGAAGGCUCAAGCAGGAGCUAUCUGCCAGUCCCAUGCUAUCUGAAGCUGCUGAAGAUGAACCACUGUAGAAACGAGCAGACGAACAAUGCAAAGCGUGAACAUUGACGUCUACAGCAUAGCAAUAGUCAGCUUCAUAUGUACUGUAUAUAAUUAUGCAUGGAUAUGAUGAUAGGCUAAUGUUGCAACCGAGUUCUUUUAUUAUUACGAGAGAUGACAUUAUGCAAA